UUUAGAGAGAGAAAGUAGGACUCUUCGCCGUCGCUAGCCUUCACGCCGUCGUUCUCGUCCAUUUUCCGGCUCCGUACUAGGUUAGUCUUCCUCGUCCUUGUUCUUCCAUGCCUUCCCAAUCCUCAGUCUUUCGUCAGUCCGAGUCUGAGCGCGAUUUCGAUGGCUCUGUCAUCGGCUCCGCGCAGGACAGCGACUCCCGCUCGGCUUCCGUCGAGGAGAUAGUCGCGGCGGUCGAGGUCCCUCCUCAGUCCGAGCCUCGCAACCAGAGGCGGACCACCCUCGAGGACUCGGGGAUCCGAGCGCGGAAGUGCACCCUUACCGGCGAGGAGUUGCGCAAGGCGAAGCGCCUAGCCUCGGCGCCGGGUGUGACCUUAGUCAAAGAUUUUUUCAUCCACUUCGAUUUUCUCCCCUGCCAAGUCGUGCCCAAAUCCCAUCGAUACUUGGCGGGGUUCCUUAUUCAAUGCAAAAGGACCGGGGUUCGCCCCGAUCUGGCCCGCUUCUUGCUGCUCUUCCAGUUGGCGAAGUUGUCUGGCCGGGCGAACUCCGACUCGGGCUCGUAUGCCUCCAUCUUCCAAAGGCAAGAGAAGCUCUUCAAGACGCGGAAGGACUCCGCCAAGAGUUGGAAGGGGAAAUUCGUCUUCGUUCCUAUCUCCUCGGGCUCCCCCUUUCGUAAAGAGCCCCUCAGUUCCUUCCGUCGCCGUUCCGCGUGCGUCACUUCGGACAAGAUGCUCGAGGAUGUGGAGACGCUCUGCCGUGGGGGCCCCUUCGAAGUUGGCUCGCUUGUGACGAACGAGGCGUUGGCGGCGCUCGGCUUCGUCUUCCUGUCCCCGGAAGACACUCAGCGGAGCAUCGAAGAAGGCCCCUCAGGUCAGUGCAAUCUCUUACGCUCGGCCGUCCGUGGGUCGCGACUGCUUCGGAUUUCCCCUCUUCUCUUCGCGGCUAAGUUCUUGCCUCACCACUUGUCUUCUUUGUUUUGUGCAGGUGAAAUCAUGCUCUCCAACGGCGAGCGGGUGAAGCUCAUGUUUCUGGACGCUCCGAGCGGCAACUCCAAAGCUCCUACCUCGGGCGGCCGUCCCCCGACUCCACCCGUGAAGCCGACACCCGAGACGGUGCAGAAGAAGAAGAGGAAGGAAACGGCCUCGGCCGCCGACGCCCCGCAGGGGUCCGAGUCCCCCAUGAUGAAGGACUUCGGCCAUCCUAAAUACGUCAAGGCAGCCUUCCCCGCUCGGGUCUCCUUCCUAGAUCGGGACUACGACCCGGAGACCUUCCUGCGCCGCUUCACUCCUCCAACUGAUCGCGUCAAGAUAAAAGAUAUCGACCGGGAGACUCUGGCCUCGGAUACUUUCCACGAGCUGGGCUCGGCGAUGAUGCGCAUGGUUGACAUGAGUCAGCGGCUGCGCGCCAGUGAGGAUGACCGGAGCCGGGCUUAUG